AUGCCUUGUUUACACAACCUUGCUGUCGCUCUUGUAGCGUCGUCGACUUUUGGCCUGGCUCAGGCCAAGGCAUGUCCACCACUCGGCCGUGUACUCCCUGCGCCGCAGAAUCCCAGCCAGAAUUAUGCAGUCCAAGAAGCCAUCGCCAAGCUAAAAUCCAGCCUGGAUGCAACUUUUUUGCAGAGCAUGCAUACGAGUGCAAUCUCCGUGGCGGCCAAGUCGACGCAUGAAGACAACCUACUCUUCAACUAUCACUACACCCCACCGGUCCUGUCAGACAUAGGUACCUCCGUGAUUGAUGAGCAUACGAUUUAUCGCGUUGGGAGCAUAUCCAAAAUGAUGCCUGCAUUAUCUGCUUUACAGAGCAGCAAGAUUGACAUGCAUGCGUCAGUGCUGAAAUACCUGCCCGACCUGGCAAAGAAUAGGGAUUCUCCAAACUCGAUUCACAGGAUUCCAUGGGAGGAUAUCAGUGUCGCAAAUCUUGCGACACAUUUAUCUGGCUUGCCUCGCGAUAUGGCAUUCGACCUGGCUCUCACUCCAGACGGCCCAUGGACCAAGAUGGGCCUUCCCGCUGUUCGCAACGGCACCGGUCCGACCUGUUCUGGGCUUCUGGGCACCCAAAAGUGUACAUCGCAUGAUAUUAUCGAUGCCAUUAAUCGAAAGCCGCUAGUCGAGCUUCCCGGUGCCACUCCUCUAUACUCCAACCUUGGGUAUGCGCUGCUCGCCAUGGUUAUUGAAUCUGCGACCGGAAGUAGAUUCAAACAAGUGGCCCAGACCGGCAUUUUCGACGUGGCCAACAUGACCAGUACUUAUUUCGACGGUCCGGUGGAGAUGUUUUCCAAGCUUGGAUUUGUGCCAAAAGGGGAGUCUACCUGGAACGUCACUCUGGGAGUUUUUGAAGCAGCUGGAGGCUUGUUCUCCAGCACUGUGGACAUGAUAUCAUUUACUGAGUCCAUCAUCACCAACAAGUUCCUCUCUGCGAAGAAGACGAGGGACUGGAUGAAGCCGACUACGCACACAUCGUUCCUAGGAAUGUCCGUCGGCGCCCCUUGGGAGAUUCUCCGCAGCAACACCUUGACUGAAGACAAGCGCCUGAUUGACAUUUAUACAAAGAGCGGGGACUUUGGUUUAUUUCACGCCUUGAUCGGAGCCAUCACAGACUAUGACAUUGUGAUGACGGUUUUGUCUGGGGGUGAGGAAGUCACUCUGAAUCCUAACACACGCACCAAAAUCUUCAGCACGGUUGCUCGAAAUUUGGUUUCGGCCAUUGAUAAGGCUGCUAGAGAUGAGGUGUCUUCCUCCAGUGGCUAUACUGGAAUUUACAAGGACAAGUUGACAAACUCCACCCUGGAACUUGCCCUAGACGAGGGCUCCGGAGUUGUCAUCAAGAAAUUCCUUGUUCGCGGAUUCGAUGUAAUGCCCAAUUUUCCCAGGUACAGCCUCAGCGCCGCUUCAGAGACUUUCCAAAACAUUCCGGUGAAUGGCCGAAUGUACCCGGUCGACGUCAACAGCGACGCACCUUUUGAACAGAAACAUGCCAGAAGCAUACAACAUCGAUGCAGCACUGUUACCAUGUGGCGCGCGUAUUUCGAUACCACAACUGAUGAGCAGAACGCUGCAAAAGACGAAGCUCUGUUUUACGCGGAUGGAAGCUGCGAGACGUGGUUCAAUUUUGAUCAGGCAUCCUACGACUAUCUUAGCUUGGGUGAGUUUGUUUUUGUACAUGAUAAGCAAGGAAGUGUAACGGCUGUCGAGAGCCCGGCAUUUGAUGUAAAAUUUGCAAAGAUCCAAUAA